AUGAGCCCUAUAGAGAACGUUGUCCCAAACAUAGUUGAAGUUACCAAUGACAAGAAUGUAGGAUUGAGAAAAAAGCAGGAUCGUUCACGAGAUUUAUUUGGUGUACAACUCGAGGUGACAAGUCUACUCCUUGAGGCGGAAAGACGGAAAUUGUCUGUCCUUCAAAAGGAGCUGCAGCAAGCACUGGAAGAAGGUGGAUCUAUAAAAGCAAAAGAACAUCAAAAACAGGAAUUACUAGUUGCCAUAGCACGCAUUCAGGCGCAGCACGACCUCUUGGACAAAGAAUACAGGGAGCAUGCACUUGGAGCGCUGUUGUCGGCAAAUACGAGGGGAUCUGGAAAGAGCAACAGGAGUCAACCUGCCAUUGGAUUGAAGCACACACCAAAAUCCAGGGUAAGACCA